UGGGCGGCAGGGAAAGGGAGGAGCCGUCGCCUCCCUCCUCCUGACCCGAGGCAGAGCAGGAAGAGGAGGGCGUCGCCACCAGAUCAGCCACCCCGGAGGAGUCUCCUCCACGGUCCGGCGACCAGGGAGGAGAGAAACCACCCACCCCCUUGCAGGAUCGCAGGGGGCGCAGAUGCGCGGAGAUGGCUGCGGGUCUCUGGAUCGCUUUCCUGCCUCUGGCCCAACUCCUGCUGCUGGCUGCUGUGACCCUGCAGCGCGGAGGUUCCUUUGAAAUCUCCCUUCAACAACUUGACAACACAUCAGUUAAGAUUAAACCUGCAGGGCCAGGAAAGUGUGCACUGGAUGUAAGAGGAAACAAGUUUUAUUCCGAAUGGAAAAUAACUUCUGGGCAGUGGCUUCGCUUUACUUUUGAUUGUGGAUCGCCAGAGAAUUAUUGGGAAUUGGUGAUUGAGAGGGACAUUGAUUGUAUGAGAGGACCGUGUCCCUUUGGAGACGUUCUGCUUCAGCCUUCUGGGUUCCUGCCCUUUAACAAGACCUUCAUAUGGAACGUUAAAGCCAAAAGGUUAGAUGGGCUUGAACUGAAGUUCUCUCCGUUCUUAAAACAAGUUCUGCCUGGAGAGACUUGCCCCGACCAAGUUCUUUACAACAUUGGCACCCUUCUUAAUACGAAUAGAGUCAACAUUGGAAACUUCUGUGGAAAUGGUACUGUGUCACGAAUCAAGGUUCAGGGGGGCGUUAUUAUGACCCUGAAGCUUCCAUGGAACUCUAAAGUCAGUCUCUCUGGCUUUAAGCUCGAAGGCAGGUCCUCCAUCCAAAGAUUGUGCAUUGUUGAAUCCACAUUUCAAACAGAAGGAGAAGCAACCUUGAUGUCGGCCAACUACCCGGUGGGGUUACCAGAAAAUGAACUUGUGGCGUGGCAAUUUGUCAUUCCAAUCUACUUAAGAGCACGUAUAGCUAUCCUCAAAUACACCACCGCAAAAUGUGAACGGAACUUUCAGACAGUCGAGUACCAGUUACCCGGGCAGCAACCUCAAGAACUGACACCCAAAGAGGGGCAGUCUGUCGUUCUUGCUGGUAAUUUCAACCUUUCCAUGCAAGGCUGUAAGCAGUAUCAGCAGGACGCUGGGGCCCACAAUUUGCAUUUUAAACUUUUUGUUCAGCGCCCUGAAAAUGAAGAGAAUGUAACCUACAUAGUUGACCUAAAGAGAGAGAGGGACUUAAAUCUUACAAUAUUUUCGAAGCCAACACAGCCUGGAAGUUUAUGCCUGAUCUGUAUUAACCGUAGUAAAAAAUGUGAGACCAAUGUGACUUUAGUAUCCGGUUCCAGUUACACCAUCGCCUUACUGUGUAAAAAUACAGAGAAUGUGAGGGUGACUGCUGUGCAGUCUAAAGUCUGUUGGAAUUCCAAAGCCUGCCAGAUGAGACCCUUCCCUCUGGUUGUACCGCCGUUUCUUACUUGGCUGCCAAUCCUGCUUGAGACGUUUACAUGGAAACUCCAGGCCCCAGCAGACACCAUCAUAGAAAUCAGGUCUCCAACCUCGAAACUUAAGCAACAUAUCCCAAACCAGAAUCAAGUAUGCUCUGGGGGUUAUAGUUACUCCAUUAAUGGCAGCGCCCCAGAAAAGGCAUUGAGACUCGGUGUCUUCUGCCUUGGUGGAGCCAUUGAGAAAAUUCAGAUGAAAGACAACAUCACUGUAAUGCUUAAGACGUAUGGCAAAAGGUGGAUCAAUGAGUCUCUGAAACCGAACCUCACGUUGUUUUUCAUGCCAGUUAUUCAAGAAGAGUGUGUAUUCAGCGUUAUUCCAGAUCCAAAAACCGAAGUUUACCUGCAGACCCCUAACUGGCUAGAAGGCCUGCCGCCUUUCACAUCUGUGUAUUGGAACAUCACCGUCCCAGCAAAACAGGUUGCGCAGCUGUCGUUCCCAAAGGACCGUAUGGGUGUUACCUGCAUACAGAGUCGGGCUAACAUCUAUAUUCAGGAACAGAGACCGAAUGCUGAAGAAACCGUGCGCCGUGAAGAUCAGAAACUACCGAGAACUCUAGACCUGAAGCAUCAUUUCUGGGUAAACAUCACUAACUGUAAGCCGGCUACCAAUCAACAACUGAGCAUGCAAUUCAGGGUGAAGUUUGUUCAGAAGAAAGCAGGUUUGGCAGUCAUAAUUGGCGUGGUGCUUGGUGGAAUUGCACUGCUAUCAACUAUUGGGCUCGUCAUAUUCUGCACUAAGAGGAAGAAAAAGAAACAGGAAAACCAGACUCCAGCUGUAGGAGUCUAUAAUGGUAACGUCAACACCCAGUUGCCUGGAAAGCAGGGCAUAUUCAAAAAGAGGAAAAAGAACGAGUCUCAUAUCUAUGCAGUUAUUGAUGACACCAUGGUUUAUGGGCACUUGCUGGACGACUCUAUGAAACCGGAAAAUGCCGAAAUAGGCGUGUACCAGCCUUUUACUGGACCAGUGAGUACGGCCCCUUCCCCGCCUCCGAUCAGGAAAAUAUCCAAAGUGCCCAGCAUGGAGGAGUCCUCUUUCACGAUAUUGACUGACAGCGAGAUCUAUACCUUUGCACAUCGCAAACCAGAAGAACUCCAGGCCAAUGGUGACGUGACUUCGAGUGCUAAUGGAAAUGUAGGCAAGUCCUUGCUUGAGGAAAAUUCAGAACAGGAAAAUUCAGAGCUCUAAUGUUUGUUCGACGGUUCAGAUAAGAAACUAAAUCUUGCACCCAUUUUCCCGCGAUUUACCUUU